AUGCCCCCUUCAGAUGAGGCCAAUGAGAUCACAACUGUGGUGGCCCCAUUCACUGCCCUCCCUAAAAUUUUGCUGAUUCUCCAGCGUGUAGUUCGCCUCCAUGGUUUCCCUCAGGACAUUGUGUCAUAUGGGGCCCACAAUACACCCCUCACUUCUGACGAGCCUUCUGUUCCCUCCUCCAUACUGAACUUUGAAUAUUUUAAUUAUGUGAGACUAAAUCUGUUGUCUUUCAUUCUAGGUUGUGGUGUCCCGGCCAUCAGUCCUGUAAUCUCAGGCUAUGCACGAAUUGUGAAUGGUGAAAAUGCAGUUCCUGGAUCAUGGCCUUGGCAGGUCUCCAUGCAGCAAACAAAUGGCUUCCAUUUCUGUGGUGGUUCCCUGAUUAACGAAAACUGGGUUGUUACUGCUGCCCACUGCAGCGUGAGCACCCGCCAUGUUGUGGUUGUUGGAGAAUACAACAAAUGCUCACCAGAUGCCAAAGCUCAGUUUAUCCCUGUUGCUCAGGCCAUUACUCACCCCUUGUGGAACCGGAAUACUAUUGAAUACGACAUCACUCUUGUCAGGCUCUCAAGACCUGUUUCAUUCAGUGCCGAGGUCUCUCCUGUCUGCCUUGCUUCAGCGUACAAAACAUUCAGUCCUGGCAAGCUGUGUGUCACUACCGGAUGGGGUCUGACUCGCUACAACGCUUUUCUUACACCUUGCACCCUGCAGCAGAGCUCCCUCCCUCUCCUGAGCAACGCUCAAUGCCAGGAGUUCUGGGGCAACAAGAUCGCUGAAACGAUGAUUUGUGCCGGCGCUGCUGGUGCCUCCUCCUGUAUGGGUGACUCAGGUGGACCGCUCGUCUGCCAGGACGGAGGAGCCUGGUACUUGACGGGAAUUGUCUCCUGGGGUAGUGGCCGCUGCUCUACACAGAUACCUGGAGUUUACGCCCGAGUGUCCGAACUCCGGACCUGGGUCGAUCAGACUCUCGCGAGUAACUAAUAGGACGUCUAUCCUAUUGUGAACUUCAAAUAAAGAUUAAUGAUCAGCUAUUUAUGGUUUGGUCUCUGACAUUUCUUUGCAUUCUUGUUGCGCAGUGCGUUGAACUGAAACGAUUUUUCAAUAAACCGGCGUGAUAGGUGCACAGUAAGUGGAAAAGGCUCCUGCCACAAGCCCAGCCCUAAAGUUCCCGAGUGCUGAGGUUCCACACGGUCACAGGAGCAGCAAUCGGAUUCAGACUUGGCCUGGAACAUGAGAAUGGAGUGAGCCACCGACUCCUCAUCACUGUUGUACCAACAAAACCCCAUUGAUUUAUGCCUGCCUUUUUGUUGGCUUUGUGGAACAGUCCAUGUUCCAACUCUGUACAGGUAUCCGUACCCCUCUUUUCCUUCACUACAUCGACGACUGCAAUGGCGCUGCCUCCUGCAUGCAUGCUGAGCUCGUCGACUUCAUUAACUUUGCCUCCAACUUCCACCCUGCCCUCAAAUUUACCUGGUCCAUUUCCGACCCUCCCCUUUCUUGAUCUUUCUGUCUCCAUCUCUGGAAAGGGCCUAUCUACUGAUAUCUACUAUAAACCUACAGGCUCUCACAGCUACCUGGACUAUUCCUCUCCCACCCUGUCUUUUGCAAAAAGGCUAUCCCCUUCUCACAAUUCCUCCAUCUCCUCUGUAUCUGCUCUCAGGAUGAGGCUUUUCAUUCCAGGAUGAAGGAGAUGUCUUCCUUUUUUAAACAAAGGGGCUUCCCUUCUUCCACCAUCAACUCUGCUCUCAAACCCAUCUCUCCCAUUUCCCGCACAUCUGCCCUCACCCCAUCCGCCCACCACACCACUCAGAAUAGGGUUCCCCUUGUCCUCACCUACCACCCCACCAGCCUCCAGGUCCAACGUAUAAUUCUCCGUAAUUUCCGCCACCUCCAACGGGAUCCCACUACCAAGCACAUCUUUUCCUCCCACCUCUUUCUGCUUUCCGCAGGGAUCGCUCCCUAUGCGACUCCCUUGUCCACUCGGCCCCCCCAUCCCUUCCCACUGAUCUCCCUCCUGGCACUUAUCCUUCUUAGCGGAACAAGUACUACAUCUGCCCUUACACUUCCUCCCACACCACCAUUCAGGGCCCCAGACAGUCCUUCAAGGUGAGGCGACACUUCACCUGUGAGUCGGCUGGUGUGGUAUACUGUGUCCAGUGCUCCCGGUGUGGCCUUUUAUAUAUUGGUGAGACCAGACACAGACUGGGAGACCGUUUCGCUGAACACCUACACUCGGUCCGCCAGAGAAAGCAGGAUCUCCCAGAGGCCACACAUUUUAAUUCCACGUCCCAUUCCCAUUCUGAUAUGUCUAUCCAUGGCCUCCUCUAUUGUCAAAAUGAAGCCACACUCAGGUUGGAGGAACAACAUCUUAUAUACCAGCUGGGUAGCCUCCAACCUGAUGGCAUGAACAUUGACUUCUCUAACUUCCGUUAAUGCCCCUCCUCCCCUUCUUACCCCAUCCCUGACAUAUUUAGUUGUUUGAUUUUUUUCUCUCUCUCUGCCCAUCCCCCUGCCUGUUCUCCAUCUCCCUCUGGUGCUCCCCCCUCCACCUUUCUUUCUCCCGAGGCCUCCCGUCCCAUGAUCUUUUCCCUUCUCCAGCUCUG